UCCUCAUUUUUUGACAGCUGCAUCCUCAAAACGAAAACAAGCAAAAGUCGCGCACGCAGGAAAAUUUUCUCCGGUAAAAAUCCGGAUAUCGGCGCUCUGUUUCGGUUCCGCCGCGAUCCCUCACCGCUCGCACCAUGAACAUCUGCCGGGUGUGCAUGGACCAGGACGGGGACGACCUGAUGCCGAUCUUCUCGAAGCUGGAGGACGCGUUUAUUGCGAACAUCAUCGUGGAGUGCACCUCGAUACAGAUUCUGGAGGACGACGGGCUGCCGACGGUGAUUUGCGGGGCGUGCGUGGACGCGCUCAAGUACUUUAUCGGGUUCAUCAAGAAGGCGCGCGAGUCGGACCGGAAGCUGCGGAAGAUUUUCAAGCCGGAGGGGAGUUCGGGCGGGAAGGUGGAUGAGGGGGAUGGGGAUGGCGGGGAGGAUUGGAUGCCGGAGCUGCAGCUGGCGGCGGUUUUCGCGGACGACAUGGUCGAGGUGAAGGCCGAGCUGGAGUCGGACGGGGAGGGGUUGACGGCGGAGGUGAUUCAUGGGGACGAUGGUGGGGGUGGUGGGGAUAGCGAUUGGAAGGAGUCGGAGGAGGAGAAGCCGAAGAGGAGACGGGGUCGGAGGAAGAAGGUGGAAUCGGAGUCGGAGGACGGGAGUUCGGAGGAGGAGGUGGUGGUUAGAAGGGGGAGGAGAGGGAGGAAGAAGUCGCGGACGGAUGAUUUUGAGGAAGAUUCUGGAGGGGAGGACAUCUUGGACGAGAAGGAGUUGGCAAUUUACGAUGUAAUUGAGAAGGGGGAAGAUUCCUGGGUUUGCUGCGCGUGUUAUUUCAUCUUUGACAGUGAGGAGGAGGUCAAGGAGCACGGCGAGAAGGUCCACAGCAAGAAACGGAUCGUGAACUCGAGGAAGACCUUCGUCUGUAAGAUUUGCUUUCGGAGGUAUUCGACGGCGUACGCGCUCCGGAUUCAUCAACGAAAGACCAAGGAGGCGAGUAAGGUGUACGCUUGUACCAAGUGUUCGGCCAGGUUCGUGGACCAGGACAGAUGGCGCCGUCGUUCGCAUGCCCACAAUCAUCCGCGUGAUAAGGAAGCUUCCUCGUCGAAGGUCAUCGUGGCGCAGAUUCCGGAAAGGGUUCACGAAGAGUACGGCCGGAUAUGCUGCGCCCAGGCGUGCUACCAGUCGUUUGCGACGGACGAACUGCUCAUCGCCCAUGCCCACACGGCCCACAAGGUCAACAAGGUCGAGCAAUCGCUGGACAACAAGGACAAGCCCGUCGAAUGUCCGGUUUGCUUCAAGCGAUUCAACGACGAAGUUGCUCUGUCCAGGCAUCAAACGCGCAACUACAAACCGCUCAGCCAUCAAUGUUCCGUCUGCGGGUUGAAGGUCCGGGGCGGGGAGGCCCUCAUCACUCACGAGCGGUCCCACCGGAACGAGAAACCGUUUGAAUGCGUCGAGUGCCGGAAGAACUUUUCCAGCAAGGGCAGCCUGAAGGCUCACAUGAUGGUCCACAGCGGAGAAAAACCGUUUGUCUGCUCCAUCUGCGGGUGGGGCUUCCGCCGAAAACGGAACCUGCAGGUGCACGUGCUGUCCCACUCGGACAACCAGCCGUUCCAGUGCGAAGUUUGUCAGAAGUCGUUCAAGGCUAAGGUUCAUCUCCAGUAUCAUAUGCGGACGCACACCGGUGAAAAGCCGUAUCCUUGUCGCUACUGUGAAAAGGCAUUUGCGGAUCACACCAAUCGACAGCGCCACGAAAUGUCCCACACCGGAAUCAAACCGUACAAAUGCAGCUACUGCGACAAAACGUUCAUCCGGAAGCGCUUCCAGGUCGACCACGAGAGCUCCCACACGGGCGUCAAGCCGUACCGCUGCGAGAUGUGCAACCGGACGUUCAGUCAAAAGUCCGCCCUGCGCCGUCACCUCGAGUCGCACCCGUUGGCGCCGGAGAAUGCCGUCGCGUUGGCCGCACCCUCCCCGAUGGCACCGCUGUCCCACCAUGGUUCCAUGUCUUCGCCACCGCCACCUCCGCCAGCUCUAAUCAUGGGCGAGCCGGGACCCAGCAGUGCUGCGAUGGACUACUUUCAGCAUCCGCGCAAUUUGAGCAUCAACAUGCACCACGUGUAGAGGUUCGUAACAAGAUUGAUGUGGGCGAUAUGUUGCAAUUAAAUAUUGUAAGUAAA